CUGUUACGCGAUAUUGUAGUGGUUUACAGAAAUCUGAAAAUGUGCCUAAAGUAUUACUUUUAGGCUUCUUUCAAAUAAUAUUAUGGAAGAUAUGGAUUUAUGUCCGCUUAAAAAGACAAUUCAUGUUUCUUGUUUGUAUCCGGAGAUCUUAGCCCUUAUAUUUGGCUACCUUGACGUUAGAGACAAGGGUCGUGCCGCACAGGUUUGUAAAUCCUGGCGGGAAGCCGCUUAUCACAAGUCCGUAUGGCGAGGAGUAGAAGCUCGUCUACACUUGAGGCGCUCUAACCCGUCUUUGUUCCCAAGUCUUGUACGACGAGGUAUCCGCCGUGUACAGGUGCUCAGUCUACGUAGAAGUCUACGGGACGUUGUGCAAGGAUUACCAAACUUGGAAUCUCUUAAUAUGACCGGAUGUUACAAUCUGACAGACUCUUGGUUAAAUUAUGCUCUGGACCACGAUGUACAAUCACUCACAGUCCUUAACCUCAGUAUGUGUAAACAAAUUACAGAUUCCAGUCUGAGUUGUAUAGCCCAUCAUGUUAGACAUUUAGAAGUACUGUACCUUGGAGGUUGCAGUAACAUCACCAACUUAAGCCUACGUUUCAUCGCGUGGGGGCUGAAGAAACUUCGUGUGUUAAAUCUGAGAAGCUGUCGCCAUGUCUCUGAUAAAGGAAUCGGAGAUUUAACAGGUUUGUCGCCAGACUGUGGAAAUGGAGCAGUUAGUUUGGAAUACUUGGGUCUUCAAGACUGCCAGAAAAUAACUGAUGAAGCCCUACGAUAUCUUAGCCACGGCAUACUGCACCUGAAAAAUGUUAAUCUCAGUUUUUGUUCUGGUAUUACGGACUCUGGGUUGAAACAUUUAGCGCGGUUGUCAACCGUACGUGAGCUCAAUCUUCGUAGCUGUGAUAACAUUUCAGAUAUUGGAAUGGCUUAUUUGGCCGAAGGUGGGUCAAGGGUGACCAUACUGGACGUGAGUUUUUGUGAUAAGGUAAGUGACCAGGGUCUUCUGUAUUUAUCCCAAAGUUUUAAUCUGCGUAGCCUCAGUCUUAACGCUUGUCCAAUCAGCGAUGAAGGUCUCAGUCGUGUAGCACGCACGUUAUCAGAUCUACAUACUCUAAACAUUGGUCAGUGUUGUAGGGUCACAGAUAAAGGACUUAGUCACAUCGCAGAAAAUCUUCAUCACCUGCAGUGUAUAGACCUGUACGGCUGUACCAAGAUCACAACUGUAGGUCUUGAGAAAAUUAUGCAGAUACCAAAUCUUGGUGUUUUAAACCUCGGCUUAUGGCAACGGGAGCAAAGCAAACAUUGUGACGGUCUUCAUGAAAGAAUUGAUUCGGCUAAAAAACUAAACCAUAAAGUGCACUAGAACUUAGAAGAAUGACGUGUACAUACGCGUCCGUGGGAGGCCAGCUUCCUGGUAUAUUUACUAUGUUUGCCAACCGUCCAUAUUGUUAACUUGAUAAUACUAACUUGAGAGUUAAUAUUAAAUUUAAACUUUUUUGCAUAUUUCCAGAACAAAAUGGAAAGACCUUGUGAUUUAUACUUAUAGCAAGUAGAUCUGCAUCCUUAUCAGGUAAUUUAACUAGAUUAUCAUAAAUCUUAGGUGUAUUGCUGUACAGAUAAAAAUAUUGUGAAUACAAAAGCAGUAUAUUGAACGUUUGGAAAUGUAAAUUGUAAUAUGUACAGUGUAACAAAAAUUGUUAUAAACUUAAGA